AUGGAUAGCUGCAAGGCAAUGUCUACUCCGAUGGGAUCUGUAUCUUAUGUUGAUCAAGAUGAAUUAGGUGUUUCGAUUGACAUGAGAAAGUGUCGAGGUAUGAUUGGUUCCUUACUCUAUUUGAUGGCAAGUCGUCCUGAUAUUAUGUUCAAUGUGUGUCUAUGUGCUUGUUUUCAAGCCAAUCCAAAAGAAUCACAUCUCACCGUUGUUAAGAGGAUCAUGAAGUAUCUCAAGGGAACAACAAAUGUCGGUCUAUGGUAUCCUAAAGGUAGUAUUUGUAAAUUAGUUGGUUAUUCUGAUGCUGAUUAUGCAGGAGGUAAAAUAGAUCGAAAAAGUACUAGUGGUACAUGUCACAUCCUGUGA